AUGUCUGGGCGUUUGUUUGACUCCUACGCCGUGUGUAGGCUUUGGAACGCCUUUAGAUGCGAUUCUUUGGCCACAAGUCGAUUGAAUGGCAAUUUAUACACAAAUUUUGGAUACAUUAGGCAUAAUUAUCGCACAAGAAGCGGUCAUGGUACCGCUAAUUUUGCCUGGGAGAGCUGUACUCUCUGCAACGGCCAUAAAAACGCUCAUUAUUCUACUCUUUGUACAAAAAAUGGCGGAAUUAUGGAUAUUAAUGGCACGUUGAUCCGCAGGAUUUCUAAAAGAAGCCCAUUUAAUGGACAUUGUCGCUCCCUCUAUGGGUCGAGCUCCGGCUCUUGUUCAUUCUCAGAAUCCGCCAAUUAUGGGAGAAACAACAUGAAGGAUACGGAAAGAUGUGCAGAUUCUGAUUUCAAGGGUAUAGGAGAAAGCAAAACAAAAAAACCAUCAACCCCGAAUAAUAGACAUGAGGGUACCUCGAAUCCUCGCGGUAGCUUAUUAUCUAAUCGCAACAAUUUUCGUUACAUUGCGCUACUUACAGGAGCUACAUUUGCUCUAUCUAGGUCCUCUGACGAUGCUAAUAUUCACGGUGCAGGGGAACCUCGGGAUUCCACCCUAAACUCUGGUGAUGUUGAUUUUGGAGAUUCUCCUGCCCAUACAGAUGAGAAUAUACCCAUAGACUUUGGGGAGGAGCUAUAUAUACAUUAUGAAGAUGAUGUUCCUAUAGAGUGGGAUCUUGAAAAGGACGAAAUUCCGAUAAUAUUCCAUGAGUCAAAUUCUGGAAAAAUGGGAGGCUGGGCUUUGAUAUACAAGAGUUUGACCAACGCCAAAGAGUAUUUUAGGAACAAGAAAGAGGAAUGGAAAACAUUUUGGAACGAAGCAACAAAAGAAGGCAAGGUGGUCUCUAUGGAACCGCUUUGGGUAGUUCUUAGUAAUACCUCUCCAACCACCUUUGGGAAUGCAUUCAUGUUUGCAUGCGGAUCUAUUUUUACACUUUGGAAACUUGGAGAUAACAUGAGAUCCUCACAACUCUCCAAUUUUAUGCAGAGACAUUUUUUGGCAUCGUAUGAAGCACUCAAGGGAAAGAGGUAUCAUACCUUUUUGACGUCAGGUAAGUGA